CUUCUUUGCUUAGCAACUGCCGCCUCCAUUCUCUUCUCCAUUCGGAAUCGUCUCCGUCUCCGUCUUCUCAUUACCCUUAUUUUUUAUCUUGUUAUAUUACUUCCUUUUGUUCCUACUCUUUCAUUUUUACAUCUGUACAUUCAGUUAAUUAAUCCAAUUGACAACAAUGGCAUCAAACGCCGUGCUUGUUAUCACUAAACGCGUCUCGCCUUCAGUUGACUUGCUCAGGCUGGCCUUGCCGCGCAGGACUGUCAACCCAACGCUUGGUCAGUCCGUCACUAGAACACCCCCAUCCUGGUCUGUCUUUGAUGGCCAUCUCCAACCUUUCUCCACCAUAUCGUCGCCUUCGACUGCGCAUCUGAUCAAUGGGCGCUCCAAGAACCUUCACAGCCUCGCUCAACUAAAAAGACAACCGCUGCUGCAAGGAAUCUCUCAUGGACAUAGCCAAACAAACCACUUCCUUUCCACUAAAGGCUUGACCUUCUCUAGUCGUUCCUUCUCGAGCACUGUGCGCAUCCUCAAGGACAAAAAUGACAAUGCUAAUAAAGGCGAUGAUGGCAAGAAUGGAUCAGAUGGUAAGGACUCUGGGUCCGGAUCAGAAGGUGGUAGUUCUGGGUCGGGAUCAGGAUCGGGGUCAGGAUCUGAGGGUAGUGGUAGCGGUGGACGUGGUGGUGAUCGCAAAAAUACCAAAUUUACGUUUGAGGUUGGCUCAGGUGGGAUCCUUGAUAAUGCAUUGUCCAAACCAGCCAUCCCUGAGGUCUACCCUCAGGUCUUGACGCUACCAAUCGGCCGCCGUCCUUUGUUCCCUGGGUUUUACAAAGCAGUUGUGAUCAAGAAUCCAGUUGUAGCCAAUGCAAUCAAGGAAUUAAUGAAACGUGGUCAACCCUAUGUGGGUGCAUUCUUGCUUAAGGAUGAAGAGUUGGAUAUUGAUACAGUCACUAGCAUGGAUCAAAUCCAUUCUGUCGGUGUCUUUGCACAGAUCACAACAAUCUUCCCAGCCAGUCCCGGUAGCGAGGAAGGAUCAAUCACAGCUGUGCUCUAUCCACAUAGGAGGAUCAAAAUUAAGGAGCUGCUGCCGCCUCUGAUUAUGCCUGACGGGUCAGAAGCCCCACGUGAGGGUUUGAUGGUUAAGGAGGCUGGCGAAGAAGGUGCUGAUAAGGCUCAAUCGCAAGCGAUUACCAUAAAGGUAAAUGAUGAUUCAACUACCACCAUUGCGGCUACUGCAGCAGCUUCUUCAGAGUCAUCAUCAGCAUCUCCCUCCUCAAUCGAUUCAUCAUUAACUGAUCAUGAAAAGGCUUCAGGAUCGGAUCCAAACGUGGUUGAACAUAGCCUUGUAAGUACUCCCUCUCCACAUUUGCCGACAGCGUUCUUGGCCAAGGAUUAUGCGGUGACGUUGGCGAAUGUCGAGAAUAUGAUCGAUCUACCUUACAAUCGCAAGAAUCAGGUUAUCCGUGCUAUCACUUCAGAGAUUGUAGCCGUCUUUAAGGACAUUGCUGGUCUGAACCCAUUGUUCCGGGAUCAGAUUGCCAACUUUUCCAUGUCACAGUCUGCAGGCAAUGUGUUUGAGGAGCCAGCCAAGUUGGCGGAUUUCGCAACAGCGGUAUCACAGGGCGAUCCAGAGGAGCUGCAGUCAGUCUUAGAGUCAUUAUCAAUCGAGGAUAGGAUGCAAAAGGCAUUGUUGGUGUUGAAGAAAGAACUGAUGAAUGCUCAACUUCAGAGUAAGAUCAGCAAGGAUGUUGAGAACAAGAUUGCGAAGCGUCAACGAGAAUAUUAUCUGAUGGAGCAGCUCAAGGGCAUCAAAAAGGAACUUGGAAUUGAGUCUGAUGGUAAAGAUAAGCUCAUUGAGAAGUUUAGAGAGAAGAGUGUCAAGCUGGCUAUGCCUGAACAGGUCAAAAAGGUCUUUGAUGAGGAAAUUACAAAACUGGAGCAUUUGGAGCCAGCGGCAUCCGAGUUUAAUGUGACAAGGAACUAUUUGGACUGGUUGACUAACGUACCAUGGGGUGUGCGAUCACCUGAGAAUUAUGAUAUUCGCCAUGCGACACGUGUAUUGGACGAGGAUCAUUAUGGAUUGAAGGAUGUCAAGGAUCGCAUUCUGGAAUUCAUCGCUGUCGGCCGCCUUCGUGGAACUGUUGAGGGCAAGAUCAUUUGUCUUGCUGGACCACCAGGCGUGGGAAAGACCUCGAUUGGCAAAUCAAUUGCGCGUGCAUUGGAUCGUGAGUUCUAUAGAUUCAGCGUUGGAGGCCUCACUGAUGUGGCUGAAAUCAAGGGUCAUCGUAGAACAUAUGUUGGAGCCAUGCCCGGAAAGGUUAUUCAAGCCCUCAAACGGGUUCAGACUGAGAAUCCUCUUAUUUUAAUUGAUGAAGUGGACAAGGUUGGACGCGGUCAUCAAGGAGACCCAGCAUCUGCACUAUUGGAGCUGUUGGAUCCUGAACAGAAUGGGUCCUUUUUGGACCAUUACAUGGAUGUGCCGAUUGACCUUUCCAAGGUUCUCUUUGUCUGCACGGCUAACGUACUUGAAACCAUUCCUGGACCUCUCUUGGACCGUAUGGAGGUUAUCCAGCUUUCGGGAUAUAUCUCUGAUGAGAAAGUUGCAAUUGCUUCUCGCUACUUGGCGCCCGCUGCUAAGCAGGCAGCAGGAUUGGAGGAGGCCAAUGUGACACUGCACGAUGAUGCUAUCGAGGCAUUGAUUAAGAAUUACUGUCGAGAGUCCGGUGUUCGUAACCUAAAGAAACAGAUUGACAAGGUCUUCCGCAAGGCUGCGCUACAGAUUGUGAAGGAUUUGCCAGAUGUUGAACGUGUUACAUCUACAUCAUCAUCGAAGAAGGCUGAGGAUAAAGAAGAGACUAAGAGGAAGAAGAUUGUGAAGGAAGACAAGAAAGUAGAUGAAGAAAUUAAACAAACUGGUGACGAGAUUCUGGCAGGUAUUAUCAAGCAGGUUCCAGACGAGAAGCUGAUGGACGAUGAGGAAGCUGCAAAGAACAAUAAGCAAUCGGAGAAGGACAGCAAAGAAAAGAAAGGCAAAGGCAAGAAAGGCAAGGACGAUGACAAGAACAAGGAUAGUGACAGCCAUAAACCACCCAAGCUCCAGGUCCCUUCCAACGUCCGUGUUGACAUCACGGCAGACAAUCUCAAGAGCUAUGUUGGUCCUGCCGUUUUCCAAGCAGACAGACUUUAUGAGGCCACACCCCCUGGUGUGGUCAUGGGCCUCGCCUGGACCUCCAUGGGAGGAUCUGCACUCUAUAUCGAGUCAUGUCUCGAUGGUAGACUGUCUGAAAAGUCACGACCCAACUUUCUGAGGACGGGUCAGAUGGGCGAUGUGAUGAAAGAAUCGACUUCAAUCGCAUACACUUUUGCGAAGAAUAUAGUUGGCCGUCGCUUCCCUGAGAACCGAUUCUUCAACAAGGCUGCGAUCCAUCUCCAUGUCCCCGAGGGUGCUACGCCCAAAGAUGGUCCAUCUGCUGGUAUUACAAUGGCAACAUCUCUGUUGUCCUUGGCACUUAAUAAGCCCUUAGAUCCUACGAUUGCUAUGACAGGAGAGCUGACUUUGACUGGUAAGGUCCUCAAGAUUGGAGGACUUAAAGAGAAAACUAUUGCUGCCAAGAGGUCAGGUGUCAAGACUUUGAUCUUCCCACAGGCUAACUUGCCUGAUUGGGAGGAGCUGCCCGAAAAUGUGAAGGAAGGGGUGACAGGUGUGCCGGCAGCAUGGUAUGAAGAUGUUUACAAGGUGGUGUUUGGUGACUCGAUCUCAGAAGAGGAGGGCAAUUCUAUUUGGAAUAAGGAGCUGCCUGGUAGCGAAGAUGCAGAAGACGUUAUCGAUAAUCGUGAGCCACGCAAGGAUGAAACACACAAGAAGAAAACAAAGACGAAUCAGAUAGAUGAGGGCAUACCUACAAGUGUUAGCUGGCGUAAAAUGCUGAGCUGGUGAGCGGGACAAAAAAAAAAAUGUGUGUAUCAAUAUGUUUACAGUUGUAUAGAAAUUUGUGAGUGCCCAUCUACCCAUUAAACGUAAUACCCACCCGUUAUUCAAAAUAUUUGAAAUGAGC